AUGAUUCACGACAUUCUAUUUACACUAUUCUCCUCAAAUGCGGAAUUACCGAUUGAAAACUUUACCAUCCCAGAGGUGGCCUCCACAUUUCUGCACCCGGGUGAAAUCAAUAUCCUUGAGGAACUGAUCCGCAUAGCGAACCAGUACAAAGAGAUAAAAAAGUUCACACAACAGUAUGGAACGCUUACAGCGGGCUUACUAAAACCGAAGCAGCAGAAGCCCACGGAGGAACCUUUGCCGCAAGGUCUGUACUUGCAGGCGUUCGUCGAUGGGCUAGAGUUGGUGGUGAAACCGUAUCGCGAUCUGGUGGUGGAACUGGAGGCAAAGUACCUGCGGCGUCCCAACCUCUCGCUUAUGUUCAUCUUCCACCACGUGAGUCAGUAUAGGUCGUUGUUCGGAUUUCUUCUGCAGCUGAUUAGUGGUGUCGUGACGCAAAGGAUACAUGGUUGCGCCUUGCUACCCUAUCUGCAACAGCACUGCAUGCACGGAAACGAUGCAAACUAUCAGGCUGUGAAAACGAUCCAAAAAUCGGUAUACGUUAUCUUUCUCAAGCAACUGUACGGCUGGCUGAUGCACGGAAAGUUUGUCGAUCACUACGGGGAGUUUUUCAUUCAGCAGGUCGAAAGCAACCCAAAAGUGUCCAGCGUAACGGGUGGGCUGGUUUCCCAACAGGCAACUCAAACUUCCGUUAACACAUUCUCCGACAGUGCCAGCAUCAACUCGGAGCUGUGGCGGUACGAAAUCCGUAGCGAAAUGCUUCCCUACUACUUUCCUGCUAGUUGGGCCGAGAAAGUGCUGUUCGUAGGACAAACGGUGCUGAUGUGCCACUUCGAUCCACGUCAAUAUAUGAUCGAACGGACAGCUUCUCGCAAGGGCAAGAACAGCAAAAAAGGCGUGUCCCUGGCGGCGGCCAUAGGAAAAGACAACCUAUGGGGCGAGCACGAGCAAGAGUUGUUCCGCAAGUUUCAUCAGCUACAAAACGAAGAGAAUCUCAAUGUGACGAAGUUUGAGCACCUAGUGGACGAAAUUAAGGACCAGGUCACAAAGCAUAUGUCGAUGAUUGUCAUCGAGGAGGCAGAUCUGGCACGCCAACUGCGACUGAUGAAGGAUUUUUUCUUGCUCGGGCGGGGAGAGCUGUUUUCUGAAUUUCUCACGCAAACGCAAUCCUUGAAGCUGCUCAUCGGUAAGGAGAUCAACGACGGCACCACGCGGGAUUUAAAUAGAGCACUGCAGCUGGCCGCAAAUAGCAUCAACAUCGGGGAGGAAAUUGAACAGUUUUCAUUCGAACUACCUGGAAAGGACGAGAUCGAGGAGAGUUUCUGCUACGAAACCAAGAGCGCCGUCGGACACAUCAUGCUUAAGUACAAAGUCAAGUGGCCACUUCAUCUGCUUUUCUCGCCACGUGUCCUCGAUCGGUACAACGAAAUGUUCAGGUUUCUGCUACGCAUCAAAAAGAUUCAACACGAUCUGCUACAAAUAUGGUCGUACCAGCGGGAGAAACGGAUCAAACACAACUCGGAAGUGGUUCAGCUGCGCAACAAGCUCAUGUUCUUGAUCAACAAUCUGCAGUACUAUCUACAGGCAGACGUGCUGGAAAGCCAAUUCGCGAUCCUGAUGGCAGCGAUAACGAACUCGGCUAAGCAGGCAGAUUUUGAGCGUAUCCAGCGCGCGCAUACCAUCUUCCAGGCGAACGUGCUCAGCUUGUGCUUCUUGCUGAACAGUUCGAUUGCCGGCGAAUCAUCCUCGUUGGGCACGUCGGUCUCCAUGGGAGGUGUAAUACAGGUUCAGGAAAACCCAGUGCUAACAAUCCUGGACAGCAUCCUCUCGAUCGUAGACCGAUUCUGUACGUUUUGCAUGCUUUGCAAAGAUCCGAUGACGAAGGUCGAGCGGCAGGAGUUCGUUACCUAUGAGCAAGGAUUUAUGAACCAUGUCGAUUCAUUGCUCAAGCUGCUGAUUGGUCUUAAGGCGGGACCGAGCAGUGCUCCUCUAUCGCAGUUGUUGCUUCGUUUGGAUUUUAACCAUUGGUUUAGCUCACACACUCAAACCACAUCGUAA